CGGGAAAAUCUGCACAAGAAGAUGCGCAGGGCUCGAGACAGAUAUUGAAGCGCAUGAGUUGUGGAGUCGUUUUCUAUAGUCUAGCUACUUUACUUGCACAUUCUUGUAACUUAAAGUCGUUUGUUGCGGUUAGAGUUCAGUGUCGAUUGAACAGACAGGACUGUUAUGUGAGGCAAGGCCGCAACAGUUGGGUUUUGGAGGAUUGCUGGAGAAGCGAGGGGAAAUGUCCUGGUGGUCGUGCGGCAUGCAGAGUGACGAUGGAGACGGGAUGCUGUGUGUUGACACAGACUCUGAUGUGGCGGAACAGCGGGAGAGUUGUAAAGUUAAAGUGAAGUGGACUCAUGAGGAGGAUGAUAAUCUAAAGAUCCUGGUGCACAACUUUGGAAAAAGUGACUGGAAAACUAUCGUCAGCUUCCUACCAGGACGUACAGAGUACCAAUGUAUGCACCGCUAUAUGAAGGCUCUGGAUCCAGAUAUAAUCAAGGGUACUUGUACCAAGGAGGAGGAUGACAAGGUCAUUGAGCUGGUGAGUAAAUAUGGGACCAAGCACCUGAAGGGCCGCCUGGGGAAGCAGUGCAGGGAGCGCUGGCACAACCACCUCAAUCCAGACGUGAAGAAGUCCUCAUGGACCCCAGAGGAGGACCUGAUCAUCUACAAAGCCCACUGCGUCCUGGGGAACCGCUGGGCUGAGAUUGUCAAACUGCUACCUGGAAGGACUGACAAUGCCGUGAAAAACCACUGGAACUCAACCAUCAAACGUAAAGUAGAGAUGGGAGCAUAUGUUAUGGACAAUGACGGGAGCCCACUACUACCCACUACUCUGGAGCAGGGCGAGGUCAGCCCUGUGAAUUCUUCACAUACUAACAAGCACCAUGGUUCAACUAACCCAUCACCCAUUACUUUGGAACAGGGAGAGGUGGAUUUCCGUUUUGAUGUUGUUUUAGACUCGGAGCCUGAACCUCCAGAGGUGAUGAGGCAAUAUAGAGAGGCUAUGGCCCUCACUCAAAAAAUUAGGCCAAAAAAGGACUCUCACCUAGCCAGGCCAAAGAUGGUGGUGUCUCCACCUGUCUCAGCCAAGAGGGACUCCAACAGCCCCUGCUCUAGCGGUGUCCCCACAACCCACCAGUCGCGUCAGAAGAGCAUCACAGAAGCCGUACUGCGAAUGAUAUCAGAGGACAUGCUUCCCCUCAGCUUCGUCGAGGGAUCAGGCUUCAGGAGGUUCAUGUCUGUGAUCGGCCCCCAGUAUCAGAGGCUGUCCCAGCGUGCCGUGGGCCUCCGGCUGUACGAUGAUGUGGAGAAGGCCAUCAAGCCCCAUCUGAUCCGCAACCUGAAGACCUGCCUGGCGGCCAGCGCAGGAAAUUCUGUGAUCCACGCCACCCUGGACCUUUGGGCCAGCCCCUAUGCCGACCCCAUUGUCGCCGUGCAGCUGCACUUCUUGGCUGACGACUGGCACAUCCACCGGCCCACCGUGGCCUUCCGCCACAUCGGCCACAAGAACUUGAACGUGGCCGUGGCUCGGGAGCUGGAGGCUGUUCUGCUGAGUUACGGCCUGUUUCCCAACAACCUGGGUUACAUCAUCACCAACGAGGCCAAGCACACCAUUGCUGCCUAUGACCUCUUCUGCGACUAUAGGAUCAUGUGCUCGUCUCAGCGAGGCGACCCAAACGAGGAGGAGAUGCUGGCCUUCCUGGGCGACCAGAUGCCCACAGAGGACUUCUCAGAGAUCCAGUUUGGCACCCGUGUGGGCUGCAUUGCCAACAUGCUGCAGCUGGUGAUCAAGGAGGCUCUGAAAAAGUCUCGUGUUGUGGAGAACCUGCUGUCACAGGUGCACAACGUGGUGGCCUUCUUCCACCGCAGCGCCUACUGGAACGAGGUGUUGCUGAAGGAGUGUGGCAUGUCAUUGACCCCCUCACCCGACAGUGGUCACUGGAAUUCCACCUUUGUGUCGAUGCGGCGGAUGGUGCUGGAGGUGGUGUGGGGCUCGGUCAUGACCCUGCUUUCUCAGGCCUGCAUUGAAGCCAAGGACUUGUCCAGCUCCCCGCCAAUGGUGAGGGCCAAGCGAGAGCAGGUGGUGGACAUCAUCGGCCUGCUGGAGCCCUUCGAGGAGGCCAUCCAGGUGCUGCAGAGCGACGCUGUCACCUUCUCCCUCAUCAUCCCCUCUCUGAUCGGCCUGGACAGGACCUUGGAGACCCGCCCCACCAACUACAGCCACUUCUCCAAGGGGCUCCGAUCUGGCCUGCACACACACUUCCAGCCCCUCAUCCUGCAGAGGGACCUGAUCCUUGUCACGGUGCUGGACCCCCGCAUUAAGCUCCAGCCCUUCGACAACGCCAAGCAGGAGGGGGACACCUCCACACUGGCCGCCCCCUCCAAGUUUCAGGUCCGAACGCUGGUUGAGGCGUCGGUCACCGACAUGGAUUCCUGGAACCCAUUUGUGAAGCAGAAAGAGGGUGAAGACAGCCAGGAGGACUCUGAGGCCUCCAGCUCUAACAGUUGCAGCGUCAACCUCAAGCGCAAGUCCAUCUUCAGUUUCCUCCAGCCUGCGGCCAAGACCAUAAAGCUGUCUGAACUGGACCAGUACUUAUCAGAGCCUGUGCUGCAUGGGGACUGCUCUACCCAGGUCUUUUGGAGAGAUGCCUCACGGUUUCCCCAGCUCCAGAGGACAGCCAGGAGGCUGCUGGCUGUGCCAGCCACAUCAGGGGGCUUUGACCGGCUUUUCCCCAUGGCGUCCUGCAUCGUCAGGGCCAAGAGGAGCCGGCUGCCCCCUCACACCACCGAGAGGCUGCUGCUCUACAGGGAGUCACUGAAGGGGGAAGACAUCCAAUUCCAAUGGCUUCACUUAACAGUUAUAGACAUGCUGAACAAAUCAAAUCAAAGUUUAUUUGUCACGUGUGCUGAAUACAACAGGUGUAGACCUUACACUGAAAUGCUUACUUACAGGCUCUAACCAAUAGUGCAAAAAAUGUAUUUGGUGAACAAUCGGUAGGUAAACAGUGCCUUCUACAUCUCAUUAUCAGUCCUGUUUGUGCAGGAUCUCUUACCGUAAUGUUUUUUUAUAUUUAACCUUUACUUAACUAGGCAAGUCAGUUAACUUCUAUGUGCUACGUGGCCACCUGCGGCACACAGCCAGUGAAAUAUCAGGGCGGCAAAUUCAAAAUGUCAUAAUUCAACUUUCUCAAACAUACAACUAUUUUACACCAUUUUAAAGAUGCACUUCUCCUUGACGUAACCACAUUGUCCGAUUUCAAAAAGGCUUUACAGCGAAAGCAAAACAUUAGAUUAUGUUAGGAGAG